AUGACAGAGAGCCCCCCCCGUCACCUCCGCGCCGCCUCCGCCAUCGCCGCUCUCCCGCCUUCGACCCGCGCGCUUCUCCCGCCCUCCCCGCCCUCCCCGCUCCCAUUGGCCGAGGGACACGUCAAUCAUUCAAACUCCGUCGCUCAUUGGUUCCACGUGGAUAAACUCUCCUCUGCCCACGUCUACCUGCGGCUGCACAAGGGCCAGACAGUGGAUGACAUUCCCAAGGAGGUGCUGAUAGACUGUGCCCACCUGGUGAAGGCCAACAGCAUCCAAGGGUGCAAGAUGAACAACGUGACCGUGGUUUACACACCCUGGACCAACCUGAAGAAGACGGCGGACAUGGACGUGGGGCAGAUCGGCUUCCACCGGCAGAAGGACGUGAGUGUGGGAGCUCUGGAGCACUGGGAUAACGGGGGAAUGUGCCCUUAUCCAGCCCUGGGAUG